AUGAUGACAAAGAACUACCAAAAUAUUCUGGCACUGAAGUUUGCUGUCAAGGAGAUCAAUGAGAGUCCGAAGGUAUUGCCAAACAUCACUCUUGGGUUCCGCAUCUAUGACAGCUAUUAUGAUGAGUGGAUAACCUAUCACAGUACUCUGAACUUGCUCUUCAAAUCCAAUAGAUUUGUCCCCAACUACAGAUGUGACACUGAAAAGAGUCUAAUUGCGGUCAUUGGAGGAGUUAGCUCUGAGAUCUCCUUUCAUAUUGCAGAUAUUCUAGAGCUCAACAAGAUUCCUCAGCUCGCAUAUGGGUUGCUUGCCCAAGAGGAGAAGGAGACAAGACACCCCCCUUCCUUUUACCACAUGGUGCUAAAUGAAGCCCAUCAGACCACGGUGUUACUUAAACAUUUCAGGUGGACUUGGGUUGGGCUUUUCAUCAUGGAUGAUGACAGUGGAGAUUAUUUCUUGCAUGUUCUGGAGCCAUUACUUACCCAAAAUGGAAUCUGUUUAGCCUUCAUAGAAAGAAUCGUAACCAGAUCUGUUAUAGUGAGUGUUGAUUAUCUCAGUUAUCUAAGUUCCAAAGCAUACCUUCCUUUCACAUAUAGCAAACCAAGUACAUUUAUCCUCUAUGGGAGACCUACUACAAUUACCUGGCUGAUGACUUUAAUAUCCUUUGAAGGUGCUGCUAAGGAAAAUGCUCCAUUUAAAAAGGUGUGGAUUAUGACUGGCCAGGUCGAUUUUGCAUUGACAGGCCUCCAAAGGAACUGGGAUUUUCAGUUCUAUCACGGUGCUGUUUUCUUCACAAUUCACUCAGAAAACCUUGAAGGUUUUCAGAAAUUUCUCCAAAAUAUGAAAUCUUACUGGGCCCAAGGAGAUAGUUUCCUCAAGCAGUUCUGGGAACAAGCAUUUGACUGUUCAUUUCCAAAGACCCAGGAAUCGAUGGAACUCAAAAAGACAUGUUCUGGGGAGGAGAAUCUUGAUGAUCUUCCUGGGUCUGUUUUUGAAAUGAGCAUGACUGGCCAGAGUUAUAGCAUCUAUAAUGCUGUCUAUGCCGUGGCACAUGCUUUGCAGUCCAUGUACUCUUCCAGAUCCAACCACAGAUCGAAGCUUCAUCCAUUUCUUCAAGGAAUUUUGUUUAACAAUUCAGCAGGCGAAACAGUAUAUUUUAAUGAUAACAAGGAAAUGGCAGCUGGAUUUGAUAUAAUGAAUGUGGUCACCUUUCCAAAUAAUUCCUUCUUGAAAGUGAAAGUUGGAAGAGUGAAUCCCAAUGCUCCCAAAGGACAGGAGUUCAUCAUUCAUGAGGAUCAAAUUGUGUGGCCUCAACUGUUCAACCAGGUGCUCCCUAGUUCUGUCUGUAAUGACUACUGUCAGCCUGGUUAUCAUAAGAAAAAGAAAGAAGGGGAGAAAUUUUGCUGCUAUGAUUGUGCUCCAUGCCAGGAAGGGAAGAUUUCAAAUCAGAAGGAUAUGGAUGACUGUGUCCAAUGUCCAGAACAUCAAUACCCGAGCAUGGAGCGUGAUCGAUGUAUGCCCAAGAUUAAAAGUUUUCUGUCUUAUGAAGAGCCUUUAGGGGUGACUGUGACUUCCAUUACUUUUUCUUUCUCCCUGGUCACAUGUCUGGUUCUAGGAAUUUUUAUUAAGCACAGAGAUACACCCAUUAUCAAAGCCAACAACCGCAAUAUCACCUACACUCUUCUCAUUUCCCUUCUCCUGUGCUUCCUCUGUUCCUUGCUAUUCCUUGGACAACCAAGCAAGGUCACCUGCAUCCUCCGGCAAUCCACUUUCAGUAUCAUCUUUUCAGUGGCUAUAUCUUGUUUGUUGGCCAAAACCAUCACUGUGGUUGUAGCUUUCAUGGCAACCAAACCAGGGUCCAACAUGAGGAAAUGGGUGGGGAAAAAACUGACCAUUUCAAUUGUCCUUUUCUGUUCUCUUCUUCAAAUAGUCCUUUGUAUGGUGUGGCUCGGAACCUCACCCCCCUUCCCUGAUUUGGAUAUGCACACACUGACUAAAGAGAUCAUAGCAGAAUGUAAUGAAGGGUCAGUAAUUAUGCUUUAUUUCGUCCUGGGCUACAUGGGACUCUUGUCCCUUAUAUGCUUGACUGUGGCUUUCCUAGCUAGGAAGUUGCCAGACAGUUUCAAUGAGUCCAAGUUCAUCACCUUCAGCAUGCUGGUGUUUUGUAGUGUUUGGUUAUCAUUUGUUCCAGCUUAUCUGAGCACCAAAGGGAAAUACAUGGUAGCUGUGGAGAUCUUCUCUAUCUUAGCUUCCAGCACUGGGUUGUUAGCUUGUAUCUUUUCCCCCAAAUGCUAUAUCAUUCUGUUUAGGCCUGCAUUGAACAACAGGGAACAGCUAAUACUGAGAAAGAAAUAA